AUGCAACAAGCCCUUGGCUCAAUGGCUCACUGUUUAAAGCUGAUGCCUGGUGAUGGUGGUAUCACCUACUUUCUUGACUACUGCGAGGACUACAACGUUACUAUGCAAGACUUGAAUAAUGCUGACAGUAAUGCCACUAACUACUUGGUGACCAAUACCUCAGCAUAUCCGGGGUUUGACACCUCCAGCUACUUUUAUCUUCCCGUCGAAAUUGAUCUGACCUCUCUCGAGGAUGGCUAUGCAUCGUAUAUUAAUCGCCGGUACAACUACAACAGAGCCAACUACUAUGGAGCGGCGCUAAUCUCGUACUGGUUUCUUUUAAUUCUUUUUGCAGGGGUUCUUCGGUUGUUUAAGGCUGCUGCUCCAAAGGCAGUCAACUCAUUCAAUGGGAAAAUUUCAAAUACCUAUAAGAGAUACAUCACCAUGCCCGCUCUCGGGUCGCAAAAGGUUGUUACUCAUGGAAGAUUUUUCAAAGUGUUCGAGUUUGUGAUUCCAACUAGAAUUGAAACAAUUUAUCUCGUGGCAUGGUUUGCCAUGGCCUUGGCUUUCAAUGUGGCAAAUUACCACCAUCUUUCAAACAACAUUUUCUGGCCCACCAAGAGCGAGGAGCUUGGAAGGGAGAUUUCGGACCGCACUGGUAUUAUGGUGAUGUACUUGAUUCCGCAAUUAUUUUUAUUUGCGGGCAGAAACAACUUUUUGCAGUGGGUUUCUGGCUGGUCAUUCACUAGAUUCAACAUCAUUCAUCGUUGGAUGGCCCGGGUUGCUCUCAUUUUGAUGGUGGUCCAUGGAAUCACCAUGACAAUAAACAGCGUGGGCCUCGGAAGGUUUGAUAUGCGUAACCAGGAAGUGUUUGUGCAAUGGGGCUAUGUGGCUGUAAUCAUAGGGGGAAUCAUGUGUUUUCAUUCACUCGCAAUGCUUAGAAAAAACAACUAUGAGUUGUUUGUCUUGUCACACAAUGUAAUGGGAAUCGUGUUUGUGGCUUCCACAUGGAUCCAUGUGGCAGUAGAUGGGUUCCAGCAGUUGAUGUAUGCAACCACGGCUGUGUGGGCCUUUGAUAAGUUCAUGAGAAUUUUGAGAAUGUCAUGGUUUGGUGUCAGAACAGCCGAAGUGCAGUUGGUUGCAGACGAGACCUUGAAGGUCCGGGUGCCUAGGCCAGCAUCCUGGAAGCCAUAUCCGUUGUGCUUUUCGUACAUCUACUUUUUCCGGGCGUCUUGUUUUUGGCAGUCGCAUCCCUUCACGGUUGUUGAUUCUGUGACCGAGGAGAAUGUCAUUUGCUUCUAUAUCAAGGUGAAAGGUGGCAUGUCUAACUCGCUUUAUCAAUUUUUGAGUGAGCAGCCGGAACAGAAAGCACAGAUAAAGUGCUCGGUAGAGGGCCCGUAUGGAAACGGAGCUGCAUUGCAACACUACGACACCGUGUCCUAUCUCUCCGGGGGAAACGGGAUUCCAGGCCCUUUCGCCAGUGCUUUGCAGCUUUCUAAAAAAUACGCGAGUCAAAAUUUAAAACUCUACUGGGUUAUUCGUCAUUGGAAGUCUAUUGAGUGGUUCUAUGAUGAGUUGAAAAGCUUGGAGGGGACCAAUGUGCAGCCUGUUGUGUACGUGACCUCGUUUAAUACGCCCUUGGACGAGGCGUUUUUCGAGAAGCACAAGGAAAUCGAGUCACUGGAUGUCUCCAGCACUGAGAAAAUUCACGACAAAGUGAAUGAGACCGACUUGGUCGAUGCACAUGCUGCUCGUUUAAUGGAGAGGUUGCAUUUUGUAGAGUUUAGGUCAGGCAGGCCGGGUCUCAAUGAGAUCGUAAAGGGAGACAUAACUGAGUCCAAGGGGGCGAUUGCCUUUGUCGCUUGUGGUCAUAGCAAUUUUGUGGACACCUCACGAAGAGUGGUGAUUGAAAGCUUGGAGGAUGGGAAGAGAGUUGAUUUCUUUGACACAAUGGAACUGUGGUGA